AUGGCAUUUGGAAGCAGCUUACUGAGCCGUGUCUCACAGCCGGCGAGUUACAAACUCAAGAGCGAGUACAAAUUUGAACAAACACUUGGUGCAGGAACCUUUGGUGAAGUCAAAAAGGCUCUUCAUAUCCCCACAGGCGAGUAUGUUGCCGUUAAGAUCAUUCUCAAAAAGGGUUUACAGGGAAAUGACCAGAUGGUCCAGGAUGAACUGAAGAUGUUACAAAUGAUGAACCACCCACACAUUGUGCACUUUAAGGCAUGGUUUGAAAGCCGCGAAAAGUAUUACAUUGUUACAGAACUUGCCACAGGUGGUGAACUGUUUGACAGAAUUUGCGAGCUAGGCAAAUUUACAGAGCGUGAUGCAGUGGCCACCAUGCGCCAGAUUCUGGAGGCAAUUGAGUACCUACACUUCCGUGACGUUGUGCACCGUGACUUGAAACCUGAGAACCUGCUGUAUUUGACGCGAGACAAGAACUCGCCUCUUGUUUUAGCAGACUUUGGAAUUGCCAAGAAGCUAGAGAGCCCCAAUGAACAACUGACAUCGCGAGCCGGGUCUUUUGGGUAUGCUGCACCGGAGGUUCUUAAGUGCACUGGACACGGCAAGCCAUGCGAUAUUUGGUCGCUUGGUGUUAUUACGUAUACAAUUCUUUCUGGGUACUCGCCAUUCCGGUCGGAAACCAUUGAGGAUUUCAUUGAUGAAGUGGAUGACGCUCACUUUUUGGUAUUUCAUGAGCGUUACUGGAAGUGUAUUUCAGACCAAGCAAAGGACUUUAUUUCUAAAAUGCUUAACACAAAUCCGUCCAAGAGACCAACCAUCCAAGAACUACGUCUCCACCCUUGGAUUUCCGAUUCAGCUGUUUCCAAUGCUACCCACGAUUUGCUGCCCAACAUUCGUCCUGGGUUCAAUGCGCGCCAGAAGCUGCGCAAGGGUAUCGAGGCCAUUCGCUUGCGCAACAAGCUUGCUGCAGUUGUUGAUUCAGUAGACAGUGAUGAUGAGGAUGAUAGCGUUGAGGGUCAUGGUAGCUCGUCUUUGUCGAAAUCUAGUAGCAGGUCAUCAGAAGCUUCUGUGGCCAGUGUAUCUGCAGGUCUUGGAGGGGUGAGCUUGGGUCCAAAAAUCACGUUGUCGUCAACUGUGACUAGCACAGGGUCUGGGUCAUCCACAACGUCGAGUUCUGCUGGGUUGUCAUCAUUCCAGGCAAUUGUGAGUGCUGCGAUUCGCAGCAAGGACAUUAUUGAGGCGGAUGAUAAGGCUCGAGAGACUGAAGGGCAAAAAUGA